AUGAAUCGUCUAGGAACACUGGCUCAUAGCGACCAUGAGAUAUGGUGGACGCUUUCCCAAGAGAUAGCCCACGGUGCCGACUACGAUUCAGCCGAGCGCCGCCCUAUUUCUUCGUGUCUUUCGGGAACUCGCACUCAGGUCCUGGAUACCCUUGAAGGGUCUUUGACGCAUGUUGAUCGCAAGCUUGUCUGGCUUUUUGGGCGGGCAGGAACGGGCAAGUCGAGCAUCGCGUACUCGCUCGCGGACCAUCUUCAUAAACAGGACAAACUAGCGGCCAGCUUCUUCUUC